UCUUUCGUUGGUGCUGCGAGUGCAGAAAGCACGUUCGUGCGUAUAAUAGGGCCAAACUUGCACGGGGUCGCACAGAGCUAAACUGAAUUGGGGAUUGCACUUUCGUGCCGAGCCGAGCCGAGCCGAGCCGAGCUCCACUUUAUUCUAGCGCUGUAAACAUGGCGAUGUUUUUCAGAUCCGCGUCGCUCGUUGUGAGACAAGCCACUGCGCUGUCUUUGGCUGGUGCACGGCGGUAUAGCACGGGCGCUCCGUAUCAGUAUAUCCUGGUGGAAAAGAAGGGAGAAAAGCAGGAUGUGGGUUUCAUCCAGCUGAACCGACCAAAGGCGCUGAACGCCCUCUGUGAUGGUUUGAUGAAAGAAGUGAGUCAGGCCCUAGAUGCCUUUGAAGAGGACAGCCAGGUCGGGGCCAUAGUCAUCACAGGCAGCGAGAAGGCUUUCGCAGCGGGGGCAGACAUUAAGGAGAUGCAGAACAGGACUUUUCAGGAGUGCUACAGUGGGAACUUCCUGUCCCACUGGAACAAAGUCUCCACAGUGAAGAAACCUGUCAUCGCUGCAGUGAACGGCUUCGCGCUCGGGGGAGGCUGCGAACUGGCGAUGAUGUGUGACAUCAUUUAUGCUGGGGAGAAGGCUCAGUUUGGACAGCCAGAAAUCCUGUUGGGAACCAUUCCUGGUGCUGGUGGAACACAGAGGCUCACCAGGGCUGUUGGGAAAUCCCUCGCUAUGGAGAUGGUGCUUACAGGAGAUCGGGUCUCUGCUCAAGAAGCCAAACAGUCAGGCCUUGUUAGCAAAGUGUUCCCCAUCGACCAGCUGGUACCUGAAGCUAUUAAGUGUGGGGAGAAGAUAGCAGCCCAUUCUAAGAUUAUCGUUGCGAUGGGAAAAGAAGCCGUCAAUGCAGCCUUCGAGCUGACGCUGACUGAGGGAAACCGUCUGGAGAAGAGGCUGUUUCAUUCCACUUUUGCCACCGAUGACAGGAAGGAAGGAAUGACUGCAUUUGUGGAAAAGCGGAAAGCAUCAUUCCAGGACAAGUAGGGAAGGAGUCCUUGGUGACCUUGUUUAUCCUCAAUGGUCCUGAAGUGAAGUCGGAGGUCCGAUGUGUACAUGCCUUAUGUUUGCACACAAGUACUGAUGUGUUUUUCUGUCGAGUCCUUCAGCUUUGCUGUGAGGAAUACAGCCAGAAUUGCAAUCUGUGCAUAAUUUACUUUUUGUUUUAUUGGUAGUUUGAAAAUAAAAGCAUUACGCAAAUCA